AUGCAAUUACUGCGUGGCGAUCGUGGAGACACCAGCAGCACUUCUUCCAGGAGCUAUGGAGGCUUCGGAGCCUCAGAGCCCCGGCUCUUCGAGUUCAGCGAGCGGGGUCGUUCCGUAGCGCCCAAAUGCAUCGAGAUGAGCAAGCAGCACCCGGAGGAGUUCCUCAACUAUCUCCAGCAGGCCUGGAAGAGGGACAAGAUCUACGCCAAGGAGAACCCAGACUCCAUGUUCGACAUCAAGGCCAUACGCGUGCUCUGCCAGGAUGGAAAGUACAGACCCCUGGGGAACUCGUAUAUCCCGCUGCCGAAGCUGCACUACCUCCGAAAUCGAUAUAUGCUGGAAGGAGAGCCCUUUCCGUUUCUCAGACUUGAUCCGCCGAUACGGUCUGAGGGGGGGUUUGGGCAGUGGAGGUGUCUCAGGGCGUUUGCCAAGUAUCAUGAUGAUCUAGAUUUCUUUCUCGAAAUGUUGGUGCGGAUACGACGAACGAAAGCGUCGACAGUUGAAUUUCCUCGUCGAAUUCUGGAACUAUACCUUCGGAUACAAGCAGAGUGUGAAGACUCCAAAGAUCCUGCUGCGAGUCAACAAAAAGUCAGGAACACGUUUGAGAAAGAGCAGCUAGUCUACGUCCAUCCAAUAUGGAGACCGCUGAGCGAAUGCUUACUGGAAGACACAUGUGAGAUAUCCAGCACACUUUCAAAGUCGCCAGUCUUUCCUGUGCCCUCAGAUUGGGACGCCAGCAAGUCGGAGCUCGUGUCAUUACGAGAGUUUUACACACAGACGCUACGGCUUCAGAAUGCAAGCUACCGAACGAUCGUCGAUGUCUUAGAGAAGCGCGACUUUGAUGCGGAACUCGACCCUGCGGAUCUUUGGUUGACGGAUGAGUUGUAUCGGGCCCUGGACAAGAUGAGACUGGAUCUCUCACCGGACGAUGCGGCGGAUCUCAAACUUGCGUUCGCUGAAAAGGCCAUCAUCGCCAUCGCACCGGGUGAAGCCGUGACAUGGCUCAACGCCGCCGACUGCACAUGGUCACCGAAACUCGAAAGCCCCGAAAUCAACGACCUGAGCAAACACUACCCCGAACUCCACGACUUCUUCGUCAAAUUCCUCGACGUGAAACAGAAUGACUCCGGUCUGAUCUUCGACACCCUUAUGAAUGUCUCAUCAUUGAGUCCAGAUUGUUCGCGCGACAACACAGCUAGAGGUCUUCUCGUCGCCGUGAGUCAACGGAUACCAGAGUUUGGUCACAUCUUUGACAAAGAGCGGUUCGCGAGGAGUAAUGUCUUUCCUGUAUCGACGGCGGAUGGCGUGUUGUUGUGUGCUUCGACGAUGGAGUUUUCUGUUGCAGAUCGACAGAAUUUGAAGGAGGCCUUCACAGGGAAGUUGAACCUGUUGGAUUUUGAUCCCAAGACUGUUUGGAUGCUUGACAACUUGCUCGUGUGGGCUGGUCUCGAUUCACGGUAUCUCUCAAAGCACGUUGAAGACCAAGGACCUGCCGACGAGAACUUCAAAUCAAUCGAACUCCCCUAUGAGCUCUCCUCAAAAGCUGACCAACUUCUCCGCAUCGCCGUACACUUCAAAAGCCCCCGAACAACAACCCCAAAAGCAACAUCCUGGCUCCGCGAAACCCUCGAACACUCCGAAGUCCGCCUCGCGUCGGGCUUCCAAUCACAACUGAUCUACCGCUCCGGCAGCGCCUUCAUUACCGCCGUCAACCCCAUGGGCGGCCUCGACAUCAAAGACACAGUCGGCUUCACCGUGUACGCCGACGACGAGAAUUGGGAAAUCCUGAAACAGACAGUGCUCCCCCGUCGGCUGCUUGAGUGGAUCAUGACAGACCCCGAGACGAAUGUUGUGGGUUCUGUGCCUGAACAGGCUGUCAGCCUUGUACGAAGUAUUUUGAACAUACCUGUUGGUCGCGAACACGUUAUCCCCAAGAUUUUGGAUGCAGAGGGGAUUGUGGAUUUGGAAUUGUUGGAAGCGUCCCCGUACUGGCGUGUAAAUAGUGAACGUGUACCAGACACAACGAUCACCACAAAACCCGACAAACUACGACCCGCCAAGACCCUCGACGACGAAGACGACGAACCCUCACCGGCCUACACGCAGGGAGAAUCCUACCACGCAAGAGAAGACCUAGCCGACAGCAAGAGCUCCACGAGAGUUGACUACGCGGAGCCAGGCCUGACGACAAAGAUAAGCUCGGCUGAGCGAGGAAUGACGACCAAAGCGGGCGAUUUAACAAAGGACACGAAACAAGACGCACUGCGCGAUAGACUCCCGAUAUCAAAACGUGGUUUAGAAAGACGACAUUCAGAGAAGUCUGCUUGGGAGGAGGAGUUUGUGGCGAAUGAAGCUACGCUGAUUGAUUUCUCGGGGGAGGAUAGAACAAUGUUUGGAGCGCAUCUAUCGAGUUGUCCCGGUGCCGCGAACAGUUUCCAAGACGAAAUGGAUCGCUGCAAGCGGAACCCGGAAUACCAGAGCCCAGUCAUGCAGAAAGUCAUCUCCACGCUCGAGAAGAAUUUCGCUAUAGUGAGGAAAGAUAUGAGCGUCCUUCUCGCAAACAACCUUGCAAGAUUCUUGUCUUCGACUUGGGGUGUGAAGUUCCCUGCUGAUAAGGUCAUCUACCCGACCAACAAGAGCGAGGAGGAGCAGCAGAUUCUCUUCAUUGCGGAGUCUGUCCCUGCUACCCAUGAUGAGUCCGAAGCCAAGGCCGAAGUCAAGUCUGAAGCCAAAGACACCACUUUUGACGAUGUUGCUCCCUUUCUAUCCGAUGAGACUACGGCUCUCAUUCGUCCUUCUAAAAGCUCAAACGUGGAGAAGAGACUUGCCGACAUCGAGAAGCAGCUUCUUGGCAUUCGUCGAGUACAGAAAAGGAAGUUUGAAUCACUGGAAGCGAAGCUAGACUCCAUUCACGAGAUGGUCAAGUCCAAAUCGCUCAAGAACGACAAGAAGAAGAACAAGUUGGAUCGUGAGGAAGCCGAGGCCGAACUCACUUCCUAUGAGCUCGUGGCUCACGACGUCAAGGCCGAUGAUGGUGCUGUCAAGCAUGAAGUCAUUGAAGUGGACUAG